AUGGCCUCCAAGCUGAGUUUCAAGAGGGCAGACAGCAUCGCGGAAAGCAUGCCCGAUGCGCUAAGGCAGAGCCGGUACCAGAUGAAGAAAUGCUUCCAGAGGUAUGUUUCCAAGGGAAAGAGGCUCUUGAAGAACCAGCAGCUCAUAGAGGAGCUGGAGAAAUCCCUGGAUGACAAAGUCGAGAAGGAAAAGCUUGUUGAAGGCUUCCUAGGUUACAUUAUUUGUUCCACGCAGGAAGCAGUGGUGCUACCACCUUAUGUUGCAUUUGCUGUCAGGAUGAAUCCUGGCAUCUGGGAGUAUGUCAAAGUUCAUUCUGAUGAUCUGUCAGUCGAAGGAAUCACACCGUCUGAGUACCUCAAGUUCAAGGAGACAUUAUAUGAUGAGAACUGGGCCAAGGAUGACAACUCACUGGAAGUCGAUUUCGGUGCUCUGGACCUCUCAACACCCCAUCUGACACUGCCAUCGUCCAUAGGAAACGGGCUCCAGUUUGUGUCCAAAUUCAUGUCUUCGAAGCUGGGCGACAAGCCUGAAACUAGCAUGAAACCGUUGCUGGACUAUUUGCGUUCGCUAAACUACCGUGGCGAGAAGCUGAUGGUUAACGAUACCAUCGAUACAGUGAACAAGCUUCAGACAGCGCUGCUACUUGCAGAGGUAUUUGUCAGCGGGUUACCAAGAUACACGCCAUUCCUGAAGUUUGAACAGAGGUUUCAAGAGUGGGGAUUGGAGAAAGGGUGGGGUGAAAAUGCUGAAAGGUGCAAAGAGACGCUGAAUUGCCUCUCUGAAGUGCUACAAGCGCCGGACCCUAUCAACAUGGAGAAGUUCUUCAGCAGAGUUCCAUCCACAUUCAACAUAGUCAUCUUCUCCAUCCACGGCUACUUUGGCCAAGAGAAGGUUCUUGGCUUGCCAGACACCGGUGGCCAGGUGGUCUACAUCCUGGACCAAGUCAGGGCCCUUGAAGAGGAGUUGCUGCAAAGAAUCAAGCUGCAGGGUCUGAACGUGACACCAAAGAUUCUUGUGCUGACUAGGCUGAUACCAGAUGCCAAGGGUACAAAAUGCAAUGUGGAGCUCGAGCCAGUUGAAAACACAAAACAUUCCCACAUACUUCGUGUGCCAUUCAAGACUGAAGACGGCAAGGAGUUGCGCCAGUGGGUGUCCCGGUUUGACAUCUACCCUUACCUAGAGAGAUAUGCCCAGGAUUCGUGUGCCAAAAUUCUUGACAUUUUGGAGGGCAAGCCAGACCUGAUCAUCGGCAACUAUACCGAUGGCAACUUAGUGGCAUCUCUCAUGUCAAGCAAGCUAGGGGUCACUCAGGGAACAAUCGCGCACGCUCUAGAGAAGACAAAGUAUGAAGAUUCAGAUGUCAAGUGGAGAGAUCUGGACCAGAAGUACCAUUUCUCCUGCCAAUUCACUGCAGAUAUGAUUGCCAUGAACACUAGUGACUUUAUCAUCACUAGCACAUACCAAGAAAUUGCUGGAAGUUCAACAUUGCCGCACCCGGUGCAGACCAGUCCAUCUACUUCCCCCUUCACACAGAAGCAGAAGCGGCUGACAGAUUUGCACCCACAGAUUGAGGAGUUGCUCUACAGCAAGCAGGACACCAAUGAACACAUAGGGUAUCUGGCAGACAGAAACAAGCCAAUCAUCUUCUCGAUGGCAAGGCUGGACAAGGUGAAGAACAUCACUGGACUAGUGGAGUGGUAUGGCCAGAACAAGAGACUGAGGGACCUGGUAAACCUUGUCGUCGUUGCGGGCCUGCUGGAAGCAUCGCAGUCCAAGGACCGGGAAGAGAUUGAAGAAAUCAACAAGAUGCAUAGUCUGAUUGACAAGUAUCAGCUGAAAGGACAGAUUCGCUGGAUCAAGGCACAGACUGAUCGUGUCCGCAAUGGUGAGCUCUACCGUUGCAUUGCAGAUACAAAGGGUGCAUUUGUUCAGCCUGCACUUUAUGAAGCAUUCGGGCUGACGGUCAUUGAGGCGAUGAACUGCGGAUUGACAACCUUUGCGACAAAUCAGGGAGGGCCAGCGGAGAUCAUUGUGGACGGUGUCUCCGGUUUCCACAUAAACCCAAUGAAUGGCAGGGAGGCUAGCAACAAGAUUGCCGAUUUCUUCCAAAAGUGCCAGGAAGACCCAAGCUAUUGGAACAAGGUGUCCACUGCUGGGCUCCAGCGCAUCUACGAAUGCUACACAUGGAAGAUUUAUGCAACUAAAGUCCUGAAUAUGGGUUCAACGUAUGGCUUCUGGAAGACUCUGAACAAGGAGGAGAGAGUAGCCAAACAGCGCUACCUGCAGAUGUUCUACAAUCUUCAGUUCAGGAAUCUGGCAAAGACUGUCCCUAGGUUGUUUGAACAUCCUCCGCAAGCCCCAGCAGGCGCAGGGCCUAGUACAAUGACAGUAACGAGGCCGAAAGAAAGGCAAGAUCAUGACCAGCUUGAUGGGGCAGAAGUCUUCUACUUCUCAACAAUAGAGCCAAAGAGAUGUGAUGGAUAUGCAUGA